AUGACUUAUACAUUAUUUGCCAAUCAUUUCCAUAAUGAAAGACCAAUGACGCCAUUAGAAGAGGAUAAAAAUAAUGCAGCUGCUACUCCUAAAGAUGCUACUGUUACUGUUGAAUCAAAUGAUGCUAAAAACCCUGCUAUUAGUUCUUUAAUUAAAAAUGAAGAAAAACAAUCAUAUCAUAGAUCUUCAGAUAAUUUAGUAGUUGGUUUAUAA